AUGCAUGUUGAAGUUUUUCUUCCGUGCUUGGCCAAAUUGCUUCUAGGACUGGGAUGGGGGAGAAAUUUUUUUCGUCACGUUGAUUGUGGGGCUAGUGGUCCAAACUUAAGAUUGAUGGAGUUGACAUUGGGAGUUUUUUUUUAA